AUGGAUAAUAAAAGCAAUAUUUGUCGUGUUUGUUUAAAUACUAAUAUACCGAACGACAGUAAGUCAUUGUUCGAUAAACACGACGAUUUAUUUUUAUUUGAACAUAUUAAUGCGAUUACUAAUAUCAACAUACGCUAUUACGACGGCUUACCGAAUAAGAUAUGCCCACAGUGCCUACAACAGUUAGAAUGUGCUAUUGUUUUUAAGACGAAAUGUGUGUCAUCUAACGAGAAAUUAAAAAAGAAUUGUUUCCCCACCGAAUUGAAAUUAAAAUCAGAGUGUUUUGUAUUUAUUAAAAAAGAGGAUAUUUAUCAAUCUGAUAUAAAAUUAGAGGAUGAAUGUAUAAAUGAAGUUUUCUCGCCUGUAAUUUGUAUAGAACAAACACCUAAGGCCGAAGAUUCUGCAAAAAAAGUUACUAGUCUUCCAAGCUGUCGCAAAAGUAGAGCAAUAGAUCUUAAACUGGAAUGUCAUGACUGUGGAGAAACCUUUAAAUCUAAAUGUAAAUUGAGUGUUCAUUGGAAGAAAACACAUAUGCUUACUAAUCUGAUAUGUACAACAUGUAAGAGGACAUUUAAAAGUUAUAAGGCAUAUCACAUGCAUAAGAAGAGGAAAAGCAAAAGUUGUGUUGUCGCACAAGAUGAGAAUGUUAAUAUAGAAGGAGUUGGUAGAACACGCAAAUUUGUCUGCAAAAUAUGUAACUAUAUUACUCACAGAUCAAAAGAUCUAUCGGCCCACCUCGUAACACACAGCGGCGACAGGCCAUACAAAUGUGAUCUGUGCCCGAAGAGAUUCACCCAACAAAGCUCGCUACAAAAUCAUAAAGAACAAUUACAUAAUAAUAUUUUUGUUGAAAUAACAUGUCAGUUCUGUGGCAAAUAUAUAAAGGGACGGAAUAAAGUUUACAGACAUCUCAAAAGUCAUACAGACAAACGCCUUCCAUGCACUGUAUGUGGAAAAGUGGUUCGAGGAAUCAAUUUUCAUCUUCACAUGAAGAGGCAUUCUGGUGUGAGGCCGUUUGUCUGUGAAAAGUGCCCGUCGAGAUUCUACACGAGAGCUGAACUUUGCAAUCACACGAGAUGGGUUCACAGCAGUAAGAACAAAUAUUACAAAUGUGAUAUCUGUGAUUAUAAGUCGGUGAGGCCACAUAAAGUUAAAAGCCACAUGAGCAGACACACAGACAUCAAUGUGGCCUGUAAAAUAUGCGGCAGAUUCUUCUUAAGCAAUGAAAGAUUGGCUUUACAUGAAAAAACACACUUUGAAGAUGAGAAGAAAUACUCCUGUCCACAUUGUGAUGUAAAAUUCUUUAAGAGGGAUUCAGUGAGACGGCAUAUUAAAGUUAAACAUGUCUCCGAACACUCGGAGGAUAAGAAAGAUGAAGUGAAAACUGAAUUAGUGGCAACUGCAGUAACAGAUUUUAAAAAUAAAGACGAGAUAAGGAAAGUUAGCUAA